AUGAGUCGGCAACUGAGCAUGAAGUCUGGUGGUGACAAGGGUGGCUUCAGUGGCUACUCGGCAGUGGUACUGAGGAAGGCUGUGGGUGGUGCAGCUUCUCACCGAGGGGCUGGCAAAGGACCUGGGGCGAGCUUCGGCAGCCGGAGCCUCUACAGCCUCAGAGGGGAUCGGUGUGUUUCCCUCAGUGUGCCUGGUGGUGGUGUUCGGACUGGAGGUUACAGCUUCUGCCCUGGCUCUGGGUAUGGUGGAGGCCGGGCCCCUGGCUUUGCUGGCAGCAUCUUUGGCAGUGCAGCCCUGGGGCCUGUGUGCCCAUCCAUCUGCCUACCUGGGGGCAUCCACCAGGUCACUGUCAACAAGAGCCUCUUGGCCCCCCUCAAUGUGGAGCUGGACCCCAAGAUCCAGAAAGUGCGCGCCCAGGAGCGGGAGCAGAUCAAGGCGCUGAACGACAAGUUCGCCUCCUUCAUCGACAAGGUGAGGUUCCUGGAGCAGCAGAACCAGGUGCUGGAGACCAAGUGGGAGCUGCUGCAGCAGCUGGACCUGAACAACUGCAGGAAGAACCUGGAGCCCAUGCUGGAGGGCUACAUCAGCACCCUGCGGAAGCAGCUGGAGACGCUGUCCGGGGACAGGGUGAGGCUGGACUCGGAGCUGAAGAGCAUGCGGGACAUGAUGGAGGACUAUAAGAAGAGGUAUGAGAUGGAGAUUAAUCGGCGUACAGCAGCUGAGAACGAGUUUGUGGUGCUCAAAAAGGAUACAGAUGCAGCCUACACAGCCAAGGUGGAACUCCAAGCCAAAGUGGACUCUCUGGAGAAAGACAUCCAGUUCCUCAAGUGCCUGCACGAUGCGGAGAUGGCCCAGAUUCAGACUCACGCCAGUGAGACCUCUGUCAUCCUGUCCAUGAACAACAAUCGGGAUCUGAACUUGGACAGCAUCAUUGCUGAGGUCCGCGGCCAGUAUGAAAAGAUUGCCCUGAAGAGCAAGGCCGAGGCCGAGGCUUUGUACCAGAGCAAGAUCCAGGAGUUGCAGCUGGCAGCCGGCCGGCAUGGUGACGACCUUAAGAAGACCAAGAAAGAGAUAUCAGAGCUGAACCGGCUCAUGCAGAGGAUCCGGUGUGAGACAGCCAAUGUGAGGAAGCAGUGCAUCAAUCUGGAGACGGCCAUUGCCAAUGCCGAGCAGCGGGGGGACAGUGCCCUGAAGGAUGCCCGGGCCAAGCUGGAUGAGCUGGAGGCUGCCCUGCACCAGGGCAAGGAGGAGCUGGCCCGCAUGCUGCGGGAGUACCAGGAGCUCAUGAGCCUGAAGCUGGCCCUGGACAUGGAGAUCGCCACCUACCGCAAGCUGCUGGAGGGCGAGGAGUGCAGGAUGUCUGGUGAGAAUCCGUCCUCUGUGAGCAUCUCCGUCAUCAGCAGUGCGAGCAGCUACCACCCGGGCCCUGCCGCCAGCCCCGUGCUGGGCACCAGCGGGGCGGUGGGGAGCUCGGGCAGCACCCGGAGCGGCCACACUAGGACCAAAGCGGCACGAGGGGCAGGCCCCAAGGACUCUCCAGGCAAGAGCGCCCCAGUCAGCACCCCAGCCAGGAAAGCCACUUGA